CCUUCCUGCCCGUCGCCGGGGACUUUCUCUCCUUGGUCUCCAAGGCCAUGGCGGCGCGGUUGGGCCCGAUGAUGCUGGCUGCGGCUGAGCGGCUGCUGCCGCGGCUCGGUGCCGGGGCUCCGGGCCUGGAGCGUAAUCUUAGCCUGUCUCACAGCCGGAACACAGUGAUCGUGGAGCGCUGGUGGAAGGUCCCGCUGGCAGCCGAGGGCCGGAAGCCGCACCUGCGCCGGCGACACCGGGUCUACCGGCUGGUGGAGGACACCCAGCACCAGCCGCAGGGGACGAUGGAGCUCAUCCUGACCCAGACGGUGGAGGACCUUGGAGUCCGAGGCGACACUGUCACAGUGAAGAAGUCACUGGGCCGUAAUAAACUGCUUCCCCAGGGUCUGGCUGUGUACCCAUCGCCAGAGAACAAGGAUUUGUUUGAGGCAGAGAACCAGUUGCGGAUGGAGGGGAAGCUGGAGAAGCUCCAGACCAAGACGGGUGUGACGACAGUGAAAUUCCUGAAGAAUUGCCACCUAGAAGUGGGAAUGAAGAAUAAUGUCAAGUGGGAGCUAACUCCUGAAAUUGUCUGCCGCCACUUCCUCAGAAAUCUUGGCGUGGUAGUAUCCCCACAUGCCCUAAAGCUACCUGAAGAGCCAAUCACAAGGUGGGGCGAAUACUGGUGUGAGGUGACGGUGAAUGGGCUUGAUACGGUGAGGGUCCCCAUGUCUGUGGUGAACUUUGAGAGGCCCAAGACCAAGAGAUACAAGCGUUGGUUAGCCCAGCAAGCUGCCAAGUAAAUGGUAUUCUUUCCACCUAUGGCAACCAGAUACCAUCCAGGCCCCUGCUCUGGAAUCAGUGAAGAUAGAUCUACACUUAAUCUUGCUUCACUUACUGUGCCUUAGUUUGGGGUCUGAGUGUAUGAGGGUAUCAGAGCGAAGGCCACGUCACUUUCCCUGUGUUUGCCACCUACGUCAUGGACAUCUCCAGCACCUUCCAUUUUCCAUCUACUGUCCUUACUGCAGACCUGCUUAGGAAGCACUGGAGUCAGUAGAUGUGAUCAGGAUUGGAAUAUACCAUGGGGCAUCUUCCAAACUGAGAGUCAGGAUGAGCCCCUCUGAAUGAACAGAAAUGGAAGUCCUAACUAGCGUCCCUGGGAUCUCUCCAUUCUUUGUGGGCCUCGAAUGGCCCACCACCUGCAUUAUGAUCAUCAAUAAAGAGAUUGUGCCCUU